CCAUGGGUAUGCAUUCUAUAUGUACUAUAUAUGUGAUGAAAACCAGAAGAGACCCUUUUGCUUUGCUUUCUUCUCUCUUCUCUGCUCUUUACACAGAUAGCUUAGGAAUCCCUCUCUUCUCUUUUCCACAGAUCUUACUACUGUUUAUCGGGGCCCUGUUUAUCUCUCUCUCUCUCUCUCUGAACUCUCUAUCUGUGAAGAAAUCGUAAGAAGCUGCGGGUUCUUGGUCUCUAUUCAGCUGCUCGCUUGGUACAAUAUAUCCCUCAGGGUAUUAAUUCCUCCAUCUUAAGUACGUCUUGCUUUUCCAAAUGGCAAGUUGCAGCAAACAGCAAGUUUUGUCCGUCUGAACUUGUUAGAUCUUCAGAAGAUGUCCACCAGAGGGAGCAAGACCAUCCCCGAACUACAAUUUGACCGUUUGAAUACGAACUUCUCUGAUAGUAUUUGUGAAGAUCAAUUUGGGAUACUUUAUAAGGGAAAAAUGGAUGACACGGAAAUUGCUGUGAAGGAACUUACGGAAUCAACUGAAAAAAUAUUUAAGGAGGAGGUUCAGAAUAUGAUGGCACCCGAACAUGAAAACAUAGCACGAUUGGUCGGAUUCUGCUCGGAAGGAAGAUCUGUUCAUGAAAGGCCGUUACUCUGCUAUGAGUAUUUACCUAGUAUUCUUAUGACCCUUGACUGUUAUCUUUUUGCUUUUACACCGAUAUAUGCAGCUGAGGGUUCAGCCUCCUCUUCGGCUGAACACGGUGUCCAUUGGGACGAACGCUUCACAAUAGUCAAGGGGAUUUGCCAGGGUUUAUGUUGUCUGCACAAGCUGCGCGUUAUCCAUCUGGAUCUCAAGCCGGCAAAUAUAUGGCUGGAUGAAAACAAGGUGCCCAAAAUUGGGUGUUUUGAACUCUACAGAUUCUUUGGCCAAGGAGAGAUUAUAAAGUUCACAGGAUCAGUUGCGGGAUCAAAUGGAUACAUGGCUCCAGAAUAUGUACACGAUGGUAAAAUAUCGGCCCAAGCCGACAUAUAUAGUUUAGGCCUAAUGAUAAUCGAGAUCACCACAGGAGUGAAGAAAAGUCGGGCGAUUGGCCAACCGUCCGCAAGGAAAUACAUUGAUGAAAUACGUAAAGAAUGGACACCAGAGCACAUAGCAUCCCAGUACCCAUCGUAUGAUGCAGAAAGGCUCCAGCAAGUAUAUGCAUGCAUAAAAGUUGGGCUAGAAUGUGUGCAGCUUGAUCGGGAAAAAAGGCCUCUCAUAGGGGCAAUUGUUGACAGGCUCAAUGCAAGCUAAUCAAAAGGCAGACGAGGUAUGAAAGCAAAGGGACACAUGCGCGCGUACGUGUGUUCAAAAGGACAGUUUUGACAAAUCCAUCGUUGAUUAAGCCUCUCUUGUAUAUUAUAUAAUUAAAUAUGUAUUGUGGUGUGCCCUGAAAACCCAUAUUACUUGUCUCAGAUUUGCCCAAAUAUGGAUGUAUCUAUGUUCAAAAAACAUCUAGAUACAUGUAAUAUUUUGACAAAUAAUAUCGGUCGGUGGGAGUACUAAUUAAGUUAUGUCACUGGAAUAAACAUACGAGUUCAUUCGGUGUGUAUACAGUGGAAAGCUCUUGUACAGUACCCUGAAAUUAAUUUGGUAUCCAUUCUCUUUAA